UAAACCCAUUUUCUCUACAUUUUCUUAAUACCAGCAAUUAGAGACAGAAGAUUUAUAUAAAAAAAUUAGUAGACAUAAAGAGGUAACGAGAAAUGGGAUCUGUUAAUUGUUGUAGGGUUCGUUGUCCGUUGUUAAUGGCGGGUUGGUCGAUGGUAGCAGACGAGGAUGCCGUCGAUCCUAGUAAAACUCCGAAGAAUCUCGACGCCAAUAGGUCUCCUGAAAGCGUUAACCCAGAAUCUACAGGGUCUGGCUUUGAAAAGAAGAUUAAAGAACUCAUCUCCUUGUUCCGACCUUUGCUUGAUUCUUUUCUCGCUGAGUUUUGUUCGACGGAUAGUUUUCGACCUCUUCCUGCAAUGACCGGCGACGGGAGAACCGUUGAUUUGUUCAUUCUCUUUGUGAACGUGAGUCACAAAGGCGGAUUUGAUGCAGUUUCUGAAAAUGGGUCAUGGGAUGAAGUUGCUCAAGAGUCUGGAUUAGAGUCUCAUAACUCUGCAUCUGCCAAAUUGAUCUAUGUGAAGUAUCUUGAUGCACUUGCUCGGUGGUUGAACAGAGUUAUUGCUGGAGAUACUGAUGUUAGUAGCUUGGAGUUGUCUGGAAUCUCUGAUACUUUGGUGGCUAGACUGAAAGUUUUUUUAUCUGAAGUGAAAAAGAAGUAUGAGCUGAGGAAAGGUAGACCUGCAAAGGAGUUAGGAGCAGAGCUUAAAUGGUUUAUAUCGAAAACAAAGAGAAGAUAUGAUAAGUACCAUGUUGGCAAAGAGUCUGGUUCCAAUGAUGCUGUAAUAGGCAUUCAGGGAUCAAAAUUGACGGACAAGAGAAUGGAGCAGAUAAUGAUCCUUGAAUCGGGUAAUCAGAAAUGCUCUUCGCCUGGGAAGAGAAAACGAGAAUGUCCUUUAGAGACAUUGAAAUGGUUAAGCGAGGUUGCUAAGGAUCCAUGUGACCCAUCUGUUGGUCGUGUGCCAGAUAGAUCAAAGUGGGUAUCUUAUGGAAGUGAAGAGCCAUGGAAACAACUUCUUCUGUUUAGGGCCUCAAGAACAAACAAUGAUUCAGCUUGUGAAAAGACUUGGCAGAAACUUCAGAAGAUGCACCCAUGCAUGUAUGAUGAUAGUGCUGGACCUAGUUACAAUCUAAGAGAGAGAUUGAGUUACGAUGAUUACAAGAGGGGAAAGACAUCUUCUGGGAAUGGCUCGGAUUCAGGCAGUUCAGAUGAGGAGGAUAGACCAUGUGCUCUAGUUGGGUCAGAGUUUCAAGCUGAAGUACCCGAGUGGACUGACAUAACCCCUGAAAGUGAUACAAAGUGGUUGGGCACUCGAGUCUGGCCACUGACCAUAGAACAAACCAACCGUAAUCUUCUUAUCGAAAGAGAUCGUAUUGGAAAAGGAAGACAAGAUCCUUGUGGCUGCCAUAAUCCAGGAUCUACUGAAUGUGUCAAGUUUCAUAUCACUGCAAAACAGGAGAAACUGAAACUUGAACUUGGUCGAGCUUUCUACAUGUGGUGUUUUGAUAUCAUGGGUGAAGGUACUCUUCAGUAUUGGACAGACUUAGAACUGAAGAAGAUAAAGUCUUUGAUGAGUUCUCCUCCGUCACUUAGCCCAGCCUUCUUCGAUCAGGCCAAGAUGAUUCUUUCGUCAAAGAGCAGGGGGAAAAUUGUGAGCUACUUCUACAACGUGACCCUUUUGCAGUAUAGGGCAAAUCAGAGUAGAAUCACACCUCAUGAUAUAGACAGUGAUACCGAUCAGUUAUUCAUCCGUGCAACACAGAAUGAAAAUACAGCCCCUGAAGCAAACAGAUCCCAGAAACCCGCCCUACUUUCGCCUAAGAAAAAAAGAUGUCGGUAGAGCCUUUAUGAAUCACCCUGUUGAGAUUCAAGUUGGAGCAGCUCUUUUUGUUUUCUUUCCAUCUCAUUUUUGGGGCUUAUAUUGCCAUUGGAACCGCUUUAAUCUCUGUGGGGGAAAAAGGCUUCAUCAUCGCAUCGUCUUAGCAAAUUCCGGUUUUAGUUUUGAGGUAAAUACUUCCAUCUCUUCCUUGAUGAUUCUACAGUAGUAUUUCUUUUUGUUGGCAUUGCUUGGAAGGCUUUGCGGAAACUGAUGAAUCAGAGAGAAAAUUUCUUCAAGUACAGUGAGAGAAAUUUGGAUUAGUUUGGUGAAUAUAACAAAGGCAAAAUGUAAUU